UUUCUUUGCGAACUUCACUAACUGCCGUUCAUUUCUGCGCCGACAUCAUGAGUGAAGAGCUAUCACACUCCAUUAUCAACGCCGGUACUGCUCCAGGUGCUCAACCUGUGUUUGACCUUGCGAAAUUUUGGCAAGAACAGCUCAGCCUUGCCGAUAACUUUGAUUCUGAUUUCAAAAAUCACCCUUUGCCAUUGGCGCGAAUCAAGAAGGUGAUGAAAACCGACCAGGAUGUAAAGAUGAUCAGUGCCGAGGCUCCAAUACUGUUUGCCAAAGGUUGCGAAAUCUUCAUAUCAGAACUCACUCGUCGCGCAUGGAUCCAUGCUGAAGAAAAUAAGCGACGUACACUUCAGCGAUCGGAUAUAGCUACAGCCAUCUCCAAAACCGACAUGUGUGACUUUUUGAUCGAUAUUGUCCCGCGUGAGGAAGUAUGUGAAUUCAUCAGUUAGACAUGAACUAUGAUGAUUAUUUGAUUA